AUGGUUAAAACACCUAUACCUAAAACAAGCUUUCAUAAACUAAAGAAAUUUAUCGAGUCCAAAUGUUUAAGUGACACUAAGUUCAGUAUUCCAACGGUUGACGUAGACGUUGUGAAGAGCCGACUGCUUAAAUUUGAGACGAAUGCAGCUGUCAAUCUUGAUUAUCUGGGAGCUAAAAUUCUUGGUUGUGCUGCGUCAGUUAUAGCACCCCAUAUUACAAGAAUAAUUAACUUAAGUAUUUCAAUGUCUUCAGUGCCAUUACGUUGGAAACGUGCCAGGGUCACGCCCAUAUUUAAAGGUGGAGAUCUUACGGACAGAUCCUGUUAUCGUCCCAUCUCAGUUCUACCUCUUUUAUCAAAAGUACUUGAAAGACAUGUGAGUGAGAUAUUAUAUUCUUAUUUAACAGUUAACCAGCUAAUCUCCAACAAUGAACCAGGAUUCCGCAAAAACUACUCAUGCCAAUCACUAUUAAUAAUGCUAACUGACUUCCUGCUUCGCAACAUGGACCAAGGGAAGUUUUCCGGCUUAACAAUGUUAGAUCUACGUAAAGCUUUUGAUCUUGUUGACCAUUCAUUACUGCUCCAGAAAUUGCACUUGUAUGGUUUGGAUGAUCAAGCAUUGUCUUGGUUUACUUCUUACCUCAAAGACAGAGAAUUUCAAGUGAAAAUCGAAAAUGAGCUUUCUUCUAAACAUCCAUUAAAUCAGGUGUACCGCAAGGGUCAAUUCUAG